AUGCCAAAUCAAACCGUUUGAAGUCGAAUAAAUUUCAAGAUGGACGUUAUUCAAAUUCCGAUCGGGGGUAAAUGCACUCUGAUUAUGGUUUAGUUUGGUAGAAUUUGUGGUAGCAGUUGUUGAAUCGUGGAAUUGUCAAAACCCUAAACCCUGGUCAGUUUUAAAUCGUAACCAAACACCGACUGUACAAAUAAUUUGCUUUCAGCUCUUAAAAAUGUAUUACGUUGUAUACACAGAAUCGUACAACCUUCUAGAGUGAGCGGCGGCAAGCGAUUCUGCAAUUCAGUUUUGUCGCGAUGAGGAGAGUUGAGGGAGCGUUUACACUCAGCCGAGCGGCUCGAGCUGUUACAAGGGGCGCUGCCUCCUCCACUCAACAUAGUUUGCCUCACGUCGCUCCCUUUUCCACAUUCUCAUCUUCCACCUCUCGAAGUUUCGCUCAAAAGAUCGCUGAUCGGUUCGGAAAGGCGAGUCCCUCUGUAGCUGGAGCCGUUGCGGGCUUCUCUGUCGCUACCUCCUCUCUGGCUCAAGACGUUCACGCCAAGGAGCCGCCACACUCUCACAACAACUUCCUCCCGAAAGACGUUGUUCUUUACCAAUAUGAAGCUUGCCCUUUCUGCAACAAAGUUAAAGCAUUCUUGGAUUACUAUAAUAUUUCUUACAAAGUGGUGGAGGUCAAUCCCAUAAACAAAAAAGAGAUCAAGUGGUCUGAUUAUAAGAAGGUGCCCAUACUGACCGUUGAUGGGGAACAGAUGGUUGAUUCUUCAGAUAUAAUUGGUAACUUGUUCCGUAGGAUUCAUCCCGAUAGCUCUUCUCCUGAAAGUGAUGUAGAGAAGAAGUGGCUUGGCUGGGUGGAUAAUCACUUGGUGCAUGUUUUAUCACCGAACAUUUAUCGAACCACUUCUGAGGCACUUGAGUCCUUUGACUACAUCACCACUCAUGGCAAUUUUAGCUUUACUGAGAGGUUAGUAGCAAAGUAUGCUGGAGCAACUGCUAUGUAUUUCGUAUCAAAGAAACUGAAGAAGAGACACAAUAUCACUGAUCCGCGUGCCGCAUUGUAUGAAGCAGUGGAAACAUGGGUGGAUGCCUUAAAGGGCCGGCAAUAUCUUGGUGGCUCUGAACCAAAUUUAGCCGAUCUUGCAGUUUUUGGUGUUCUGAGGCCAAUUCGACACCUUCAAUCUGGUAGAGAUAUGGUGGAACAUACCCACAUUGGUGAAUGGUACUCUCGAAUGGAAAGCAGUGUGGGUGACUCCUCAGGAAUUCGGGAGUAAGAGAGAUGAUUUUGCUCUUUGGUCCUAAGUUGGAAUAUGAUUGAGUGUGGUACUAACAGACUACCACUGAAAGAGAGCAAAUAAGAGUAGAAUAACUAUUUUCUGUUGAUUGGAAUAUGAGUAAGUUGUAUGCGUCUGAAUCUUUAUAUUAUUGGUUUAUUGCUCUUUGCCGUUCAUUUUAACCCACAUGCAUUUACUCCCUGAACUGUUAGUGUCCCUGUAAUUGUUUUGAGUUUUUUUAUGUCGUACACUCAAUCGUGAUGCAGAUGGUUUGGCCUACAACAUUAUUUUUAGUAGUUUUCACCUAUCAGCUUUGACCUUUGUGAGGCGUUUUAUUUUUUACUAGCCUUUAGAAACAAGCUUUGGUCAAAUCUUGAGUGAGUGAGUUGGGAGAGGGAGAGAGAUGGGCGUCGGCAGCAUUGGAGCAAAUUUUCUGUUUAUUCUUCUCGAGACAGACCGUGAUCUAGAUGUAAUAGCAUAAUAUAUGCUCCUCAUGAAAAGAUGUGUUUGUGUACCGGAGUAAAAAAGACUUUGGGAAUCAAAGCAAAUUCGGAA